GUGCUGCACCGCGAUCUCAAGUCCCGCAACGUACUCCUCAACACCAACAUGACGGCCAAGCUCACGGACUUUGGCAUCUCGCGCGAGCUGGACGACGCGACCAUGACCGCCGGCAUUGGCACGUACCGCUGGAUGGCGCCCGAGGUGCUUCAAGAAGGCCAUUACGACGAGUCGGCCGAUAUCUAUGCGCUCGGCGUGCUCCUCACUGAGCUCGACACGCACGAUCUGCCGUACGCAAACCUGCGCAACGCGAGCGGGCGGCCGUACACGGACACGGCGAUCAUGGCCAAGGUCAUGGCCGGCGAGUUCCGACCGAGCUUCUCGCAUGCAAGCCCGGCCUGGUACCAAGAGCUCGGUGUGGCGUGCAUGUCGCAAGACCCGACGCUUCGACCCACCGCACUGCAAGCCGCCUCGACGUUGCAUCGGGAAGUACGUCGCUUGGAGGGAUAA